UAUCGGAAGGGCUGGUGCUCGCCUCGCACAUUUGGGCUGGAGGUAACACGAACAUCGUCCUCGCCGCUUGUCUCGGUUCCGUCUCGUGUCCGCGUCGAGUUUUUCAUUCCGCCGAGUCGCCUUUUAAAGGUUUUAUCCCCCGGGGAACGGGGUUCGAAUCCGCCCGACUCAUGCGAUUUCCUCCGACCUCCUUUUAUAAACGAUUUUCGAGAUGAUCUGCGAGGCGGACGAGUUCAGCGAGAUAUUCAAAGGGGUUUUCCCUUAUUAUUUAUUAUUUAUAUUGCCGUUGAUAUUUAUGAUGUCGCCGGUGGGCGCCUCUCAUGAAUACCCCGUCUACAGGAUGCAUCAGUUCGACUUGCACGGAGUCUCGAGAGGUUGCCGAGUAUCUAGCAUAAAUUUAGAAGCUCGAUCAUUAACAACUUGGAGUACACAACGACAUUGUGUUGUUUCGAGAUUGACCAACUUGACGGCUUUGCAUUUAUACAAGAUCAAAGAAGGCGCUGGCGGCCUUCUGAUAAUGCUGCCGAAACACUUAAACACUUUGAACGACGAUGAGAAAGAAGUACUACACGCUUUUGAACACCAAUACUUAGGAGAAGAAAUUCACAUUCCUGUGUAUUUUGCGUCAUAUUCACCAGAAUUAGAAGCAAUUGUAUCUGAUAUUGAAAGUAACAAGAUAUUAGAAAUUCAAAAAAGCACUGCUUGGGAUGCAAUACUGAAUUCAUUAUCUGCAAAUGGAUAUCAGAUAGUCAUUACUGCUAGUCGGCCUUCGGUUAAAACUGAUGCACAGAUCCUCUCCAUGCAGGGUAAGUUGAUUGGAUACGGUGUUCAAGACAAGCUGCCUACUAUCAUUAUAGUUGCCCAUUACGACAGUUUUGGAGUAUCACCUGAUCUCUCAUAUGGAGCGGAUAGUAAUGCAUCAGGCGUAAUUAUGUUACUAGAGUUAAUACGCAUAUUUUCUCACCUUUACACAAAUUCUUGGUCUCAUGCACGGUUUAAUAUCAUGUUCCUGCUUUCUGGAGGUGGAAAGAUAAAUUACCAAGGCAGUAAAAAAUGGCUCGAAGACCAACUAGAAGGUGCAGAAGGUUCAGCAAUCCAUGAUGCACAGUAUGUCAUUUGUUUGGACACGGUUAGCUCCAAAACUUUAUAUUUCCAUGUUUCAAAACCACCUAGAGAAGGGACACCACUUUUCAGGUUUUAUAAAGAAUUCUCUAAAGUCACUUCAGUGCCUGUUGAAUUAAUUCACAAAAAAAUUAACCUUGCCGAUGAGAUUCUCGCAUGGGAGCAUGAACGAUUCAGUAUUCGGCGUUUACCAGCCUCAACAAUCUCAUCUUUUAGGAGCUAUAAAGAUCCAGAAAGGGGAACAAUCUACGAUGUUUCUGACACUGUAGAUACAAAAAGCUUAGCUCACAAUAUUGGAUAUGUCGCUACAGCUUUGAUAAGACAAAUGUAUAAUAUUUCGGGCCCACCAGCAACGUUAUCUUCAUACUUGAGUGCCGAUGAAGAUAUGAUUAAGACGUGGCUUGAAUUUUUAACUUCCCGCCCUCGUUCUGCCUCUUUGAUUUAUGAAAAAAAUAAUCCUCUCAUUAAAGGACUUCAUGAAUACAUGAAUAGGUAUCUCGAUGAUGUCAAAAUAUCUAGUCAAGUUGCUGACAAAAGAGAUCCUGAAUUUGUUUUUUACGAUGCUACAAAAUCUACUGUACAUAUUUACAGUGUGAAACCUGCAAUAUUUGAUUUGUUUCUGACAUUGUUAAUCACUUUAUACCUGACGGUGAUAUACUUGAUUAUACAGAAUUUUGGACAUCUGUAUGGAGUAUUUGUACCUUCAAGGAAAGUAAAAACUCCAUAGAACAUUCUUGGAAAUUGAGACUAGUUGAACUCCAUAGCAUUAAGUUAAAGGAUAUAAGUUCAUCAAUUGUCGUGUAAAUGCUGCUCUUUGAAAUGUCA